UCUCUAUUCCCAUCUUACAUUGAACUGAUAUUAAGCAAAGCAACAACAUGGAAGUAAAGAAAGUUCUAUGGGUUGCUCUAUCGUUUGCUUUGGUUCUUGGAGUGGCCAAGAGCCUUGAUUUCAGUGAAAAUGAGUUAGAAUCCGAGGAAGGGUUGUGGGAUUUGUACGAGAGAUGGAGGAGCCACCACACGGUUUCUCGAAGUCUCAGUGAGAAGAAAAACCGGUUCAACGUGUUCAAAGCCAACGUGAUGCAUGUCCACAAUACCAAUAAAAUGGACAAGCCUUACAAGCUGAAGUUGAACAGGUUUGCUGACAUGACCAACCAUGAAUUCAGGAGCAUCUAUGCUGGCUCCAGGGUUGAUCAUCACAGAAGGUUCCGAGGCACGCCACGUGAGAAUGGUACUUUCAUGUAUCACAACUUUGAUAGGGUUCCUUCUUCUGUGGAUUGGAGGAAGAAAGGUGCUGUCACUAGUGUAAAGGAUCAAGGCCAAUGUGGUAGUUGUUGGGCGUUUUCAACUAUUGUAGCUGUUGAAGGUAUUAACCAAAUCAAGACACAUAAGCUAGUGUCCUUGUCUGAGCAAGAACUUGUAGAUUGUGACACUACAGGGAAUCAAGGAUGCAACGGUGGGUUAAUGGAAUAUGCGUUCGAUUUUAUCAAGCAAAAUGGUAUAACAACGGAAAACAAUUACCCUUAUGAAGCAAAAGAUGGUAUUUGUGAUUUAUCAAAGGAGAGUGAACCUAAAGUGUCAAUUGAUGGCCAUGAGACUGUGCCCGUGAACAACGAGGCUGCAUUGCUCAAAGCUGUUGCAAAUCAACCUGUAUCGGUAGCCAUUGAAGCUGCGGGAUAUAACUUUCAGUUCUACUCAGAGGGAGUAUUUACGGGAGAGUGUGGCACUAAUCUGGAUCAUGGAGUAGCAAUUGUGGGGUAUGGAACAACUAAAGAUGGAACCAAAUAUUGGAUUGUGAAAAACUCAUGGGGAUCUGAGUGGGGAGAAAAGGGCUACAUUAGAAUGCAAAGAAGCAUAUCUGAUAAGAAAGGUCUAUGUGGCAUAGCAAUGGAGGCUUCUUAUCCAAUCAAAAAGUCCUCUAGCAAUCCAAGGGACCAUUCAUCAUUUCCUAAAGAUGAACUUUAAAUAUUUCCCAUGAAGAUUCACCCAACUUUGGUUGUUGUUUAAUUUGUUUGUGCGCAAGGGAUUUCCUCGUAGCAAAAAUAAUAUUUGUGUGCCUAAUUAUCCUUUCAAAUUGUUAGGUUUGUGUCACAAAAAUAAAUAAAUCUGUUUAAUUUGAUUGCUCGCA